GCGGGCGGGGACGCAGUCCAGACGGCCAAUGGGGAGCCAAGCCCCCUCACCGGGCGUGGGGCGGGGCCAGCGCGGGCCGGAUUCCCCGGGCCUGGCUUCCGGCGUGCGCUGGGGAAAGCGGGAGCGGCGUGGAGGAGCUGGCAGAUUUCACUUCUUUGGAAUUCCCGCUUUGCAGAUAGCAAUGGCAGUCCGAGUCCUUGUAAUUGGCAGUGGAGGAAGGGAACAUACACUGGCCUGGAAACUUGCACAGUCUCAUCAUGUCAAAGAAGUGUUGGUUGCCCCAGGAAAUGCAGGCACUGCCUGCUGUGGAAAGAUUUCAAAUGCUGCCAUCUCCAUCAAUGAUCAUAAUGUCCUUGCUCAAUUCUGCAAAGAUGAGAAGAUUGAACUUGUGGUUGUUGGACCAGAGGCCCCUCUAGCUGCUGGAAUCGUUGGGGACCUGACUUCUGCGGGAGUGCGAUGCUUUGGUCCCACAGCAGAAGCAGCUCGGUUAGAGUCCAGUAAAAAGUUUGCCAAAGAGUUUAUGGACCGACAUGGAAUCCCAACAGCACGGUGGAAAGCUUUCACCAAACCUGAAGAUGCCUGUAGCUUUAUUAUGAGUGCAAAUUUUCCUGCUUUGGUUGUGAAGGCCAGUGGGCUUGCAGCUGGAAAGGGGGUGAUAGUUGCAAAGAACAAGGAGGAAGCAUGCAAAGCUGUACAGGAGAUCAUGCAAGAAAAAUCUUUUGGAGCAGCUGGAGAAACAAUUGUUGUUGAAGAAUUUCUUGAAGGAGAAGAAGUAUCUUGUCUUUGUUUCACUGAUGGGAAGACGGUGGCUCCCAUGCCCUCAGCACAAGACCAUAAACGAUUACUGGAUGGAGAUCAGGGCCCCAACACAGGGGGAAUGGGAGCCUAUUGUCCAACACCUCAGGUUCCUAAAGAGUUAUUACUAAAAAUUAAAAGCAGUGUUCUUCAGAGGACAGUAGAUGGCAUGCAGCAGGAGGGUACGCCUUAUACUGGAAUUCUCUAUGCUGGUAUAAUGCUGACCAAAGAUGGCCCAAAAGUUCUGGAGUUUAAUUGCCGUUUUGGUGAUCCCGAGUGCCAAGUAAUCCUCCCACUUCUUAAAAGUGAUCUUUAUGAAGUGAUUCAGUCUACCUUAGAUGGCCUGCUGAGUACAUCUCUCCCUGUUUGGCUAGAAAACCACAGUGCCAUAACUGUUGUCAUGGCAAGUAAAGGUUAUCCUGGAGCCUACAUCAAGGGUGUAGAGAUAACAGGGUUUCCUGAAGCACAAGCUUUAGGACUAGAAGUGUUCCAUGCAGGCACUGCCCUCAAAGAUGGCAAAGUAGUGACCAGCGGGGGUAGAGUCCUUACAGUCACAGCCAUGCGGGAAAAUCUCCUAUCAGCCCUUGAAGAAGCCAGGAGAGGACUGGCUGCUAUAAAGUUUGAGGGGGCAGUUUAUAGGACGGACAUUGGCUUCCGUGCCAUAGCCUUCCUCCAGCAGCCCAGGGCCCUGACUUAUAAGGAAUCGGGGGUAGAUAUUGCAGCCGGAAAUACGCUAGUUAAGAAAAUUCAGCCUUUAGCCAAAGCUACCUCAAGACCAGGUUGCAGUGUGGAUCUUGGAGGUUUUGCUGGUCUUUUUGAUUUGAAAGCAGCUGGUUUCAAAGAUCCUCUUCUGGCCUCUGGAACAGAUGGUGUUGGGACUAAACUGAAGAUCGCCCAGCUGUGCAAUAGGCAUGAUACCAUUGGUCAGGAUUUGGUUGCAAUGUGCGUAAAUGACAUUCUAGCACAAGGAGCAGAGCCCCUCUUCUUCCUUGAUUACUUCUCCUGUGGAAAACUUGACCUCAGUACGACUGAAGCUGUUGUAGCUGGAGUUGCUAAAGCUUGUGGCCAAGCUGGAUGUGCUCUCCUUGGUGGGGAAACAGCAGAAAUGCCUGACAUGUAUCCUCCUGGAGAGUAUGAUCUUGCCGGGUUUGCCGUUGGUGCUAUGGAGCGGGAUCAAAAACUCCCUCACCUGGAAAGGAUCACCGAAGGGGAUGUUGUUGUUGGAGUAGCUUCAUCUGGUCUUCACAGCAAUGGAUUUAGCCUUGUGCGGAAAAUUGUGGCAAAGUCUUCCCUCCAGUACUCCUCUCCAGCACCUGAUGGUUGUGGUCACCAGUCUUUAGGAGACUUACUUCUCACUCCAACCAAGAUCUACAGCCAAUCACUGUUACCUAUCAUACGUUCAGGACAUGUCAAAGCCUUUGCUCAUAUUACUGGAGGAGGACUGCUAGAAAAUAUUCCCAGAGUGCUCCCUCAGAAGUUUGGAGUGGAUUUAGAUGCCUGCACCUGGAGGAUCCCUAAGGUCUUCUCAUGGUUACAGUGGGAAGGACAGCUCUCUGAAGAAGAGAUGGCCAGAACAUUUAACUGUGGAGUUGGAGCUGCACUGGUGGUAUCCAAGGACCAGGCAGAGCAGAUUCUGCGUGAUAUUCGACAGCACCAGGAAGAAGCCUGGGUAAUAGGCAGUGUUGUUCUGUGUCCCGAAGAUUCUCCUCGUGUAAAAGUCAAGAAUUUGAUUGAAACCAUGCAAAUAAACAGGUCAGUGUUGACAAAUGGCUUCCUGACAGAUCGUUUCCCUACCCAACCAAGAAAGGCAAGAGUGGCUGUGCUGAUAUCUGGAACAGGAUCAAAUCUCCAAGCCCUCAUAGACAGUACACAGGAUACAAAAAGUUCUUCACACAUUGUUGUUGUUAUCUCCAACAAAGCUGCUGUGGCUGGCUUAGAAAAAGCAGAAAGAGCUGGUAUUCCCACCAGAGUAAUUAAUCAUAAAUUAUAUAAAAGUCGUGUGGAAUUUGACAAUGCAGUUGACCAAGUCCUUGAAGAGUUCUCUACAGACAUAGUCUGUCUUGCAGGAUUUAUGAGAAUUCUGUCUGGCCCUUUUGUCAGAAAAUGGAAUGGGAAAAUGCUCAAUAUCCACCCAUCUUUGCUCCCUUCUUUCAAGGGUUCAAAUGCUCAUGAGCAGGUCCUGGAAGCUGGAGUCACAAUCACUGGGUGCACUGUACACUUUGUAGCUGAAGACGUAGAUGCUGGACAAAUUAUCUUACAAGAAGCAGUUCCUGUGAAGAGGGGUGACACUGUUGCAACUUUGUCUGAAAGAGUAAAAGUAGCAGAACAUAAAAUCUUUCCUGCAGCCCUCCAGCUGGUGGCCAGUGGGACUGUACAGCUUGGAGAAAAUGGCAAGAUCUGCUGGGUCAAAGAGAAGUGAGGCUUCUGAUUCAGGAUUGCAGCCAGUUCUUAGAGAAUAAUGGCUGUUUGCUUGAUGCCUUUUUGUCAUGGUCUUGCUCCAAAACUCAAAUAGCUGCUAACAAAAAGACUUUAACCCUUACCUCUUUUGCUAUUUUUUAAUAAAAAGAGUCAUUGA